CCGAGUAAUCAUCGUUCAAAUCGCAAGCGAAAAUCAUGGAACGCUGGCAGAAUCGCGUUGCCGUAGUCACUGGCGCCAGUUCGGGCAUCGGAUCGGCCAUCGCCAAGGAUCUGGUCCUCGCCGGAAUGACGGUGGUGGGUCUGGCCCGACGCGUCGAUCGCGUCAAGGAGCUGCAGAAGGAGCUGCCGGCGGAGAAGCGCGGCAAACUCUUUGCCCUCUACUGCGACGUGGGCAACGAGAGUUCCGUGAACGAGGCCUUCGAUUGGAUCAUCCAAAAGUUGGGCGCCAUCGAUGUGCUGGUCAACAAUGCCGGCACCCUGCAAUCCGGCUACCUGGUGGACAUGAAUCCGUCCGUCAUGCAGCAGGUACUGCAGACGAACAUCAUGGGCAUUGUGCUGUGCACCCAGCGAGCGGUGCGUUCCAUGCGGGAGCGCAAGUUCGACGGCCAUGUGGUGCUCAUCAAUAGCAUCCUGGGACACAAGACCAUGACGGCCACGGAGGGCGUGGCGCCCGAUGUCAAUGUCUAUCCGCCCAGCAAGCAUGCAGUUACCGCGCUGGCCGAAGGAUAUCGCCAGGAGUUCUUUGGCCUGGGCACCCGCAUAAAGAUAACGAGCGUCAGUCCGGGCGUGGUGGACACGGAGAUCCUGCCGGACAGCAUUAGGGAGGCCAUCAAGGAUCGAAUGCUCCACUCCGAGGACAUCGCACAGGGAGUGCUGUACGCCAUUGCCACACCACCACAUGUCCAGGUGCACGAGCUGAUCAUCAAGCCACUUGGCGAGACCAUGUAGACGGAGCUCCAGGAGCUCUGUUUUCAUAUUCACAUACAAUUUUCUUAUACACUUAAAUAUUCAUAAUUUAACUAUACACGUUGCAAUAAAAACUAUUUAAAUUUAA